AUGUCACCACAGAUUAUUCUAGGGCAUUGUUUCUUCUCACAGGAGGACGUUCAGCUUGCCAGCUUGAUCCCAAACAUCAACGAUAUCGACCUGGACACGCUAGAAAGCGUGUUACCAGUGCAGACGACGGACUACACAGUUAGGAAGCUUGAGGAUGUCACUACCGCUAUCAGAGCUACAAAUAGUAGCAAGUUUCAAGCAUUUCUUUCCCGAGUUGCUAGCUGGGAUUCUCAGCGCUCUGCCCAUGCAAACCUUGACUUGACGGCGCAGAAGGGUCGCGUUUAUACCUUGAAAAAGCCAACUCAGUGGUUCAGACGUCUUUGUGAGAGGGAGGAGGUCCGACGAUGGUUGCAGGAACAGAUUGAAUACGAGAAUGAGGUACAUUUUGUUAUCGGGCUCUACACUUUGUUUGACGCCGCUGCGUCUGAUGACCUGGAGCGGUCAUCAAACCACAGCGGAACGAUAUCAGCCCCCAUCAGCGCUAUCGCCGGUUUACCGCCGUCCCACCCUGCAAACAUCGGGGUUUCUGCGGGUCACGAAGGGGCUCGGGGUACAACCCAUCGUUGCACCGCGCCAGGCGAGCAGAUAUUUGCAAUUCGACUGAAAAAGGUGAAAUAUCGUGCGUGGUAUCCGCAUGAUGUCAACGAUGCGCACCUAGCCAAGCACAGCCACUGGACUAUGGCAUCCGACAACCGAAGUGCUGCUGAUGAGCAUUCCGAAAUGGUGGCGGUCUUUCUAGACGAGUCUACUGACGAGAAUGAGGAGGCGAUGGUCCCUGGCUUUGUUGAAUUUCAUGUUCUCUCUGAAUCUCUUGUUGCUCGCCCAGAAGGCCAAUAA